CCCACACCCGGCUGUCCCUGGUCACACAUAGCGCUGGACUUCGUCACUGGCCACAGUCAUCCUCACCAUAAUUGACACCUGUAACCACCCAACAGUGAUGUCACAGUUUACUGGAGUACACCUGUACAUCACUGAAACAAGUUACCAUGGAUGAAGUCAAGCUGGCCCGUACAAAAUCGGUUGAGUGUGGAGCCCAGGAGGUCAAGACUCAGAUGGACCUCUUUAACCAGAUUCUACAGCUGCUUGACACCAAACUUAAUGACAACUCCAUAAUGGUGUUCCAGGAAGAGCUGCGGCUCAUGCAGAGGAGCUCGUACUACUUGGAAAUCCAGCGUGAUGAUUUGCUACCAACUGCAGACCAGCAGCAGCACACUUUACAUUUGACUGACAGCACGGUGUGGUCUCUCAUUGAUCAGCAGAGGCUGCAGCGUGCCAUGACCCUGGCUAACACCCAGGUGAGGCUCCUCCUCGCUCUUCUGGGAAUGCUCUACCAAGGGAUCAUCAGGGGCUGUCGGGAGCUAGAGGCCUUCAUCAAUAGGUACGACCAGGGUUUGGUGGACAGUGACACGGCAGCUUCCAUGCAGCAGAUGCUCCAGCAAACCCACCAGUACAUGAACGACUUUGAGAGCAGAAUGACUCGGAAUCUUGGACCGCUGGACCUGCAGAACCAGCUCAUCCCCAACACAGGCAACCUCCCCAUACCACAGCUCAGUGCAUCACUGGCCAUCAAGAUGCCGGUGAUAUUUGACAGGUUCAAGUCAUGCACGACAUCCAACACUGUGCAUCUGUGUUGGGAAGUCGCAGGCCAGCAGUCUAAGGAACCGAACCAACAGUUUGAGAUCCAUGUAAAGAGCCUUCACCCAACCAUUGCUGAACAUGACCAGUUUACUAAAUCUACAUGCCAGUCAUACAACAUACAGGUCAACAACUUGAUACCUGACAGGUACUAUCAGUUCUCUGUGAAGAGAGUAGAUGCUGUAAACUUGGUCUAUGCACUGUGGAUCGACACCAUCAUCCUGAAGACCUUGGAUAUUCCCAUGUAAGAGCAAAAUGUCCCCUUUUGAACAUGAAGAUAAUGAAGAGAAUUCACAGCCUGUGUAUACUUACAAAGAGAAAUAUAUUUGACCUGCUUUAUUGCAAAUAAAAUAACUUUAAGGAU